GCGGUGGCUGCUGGGAAAUCAGGCGCAUUUCCUCCGUGUUCAUCUCGGUCGCGGCCUGGCAGCUCCGUAUCUUCGGUACCGCUGGAGAAAUGUCCUCCGUUAGUCCGGACCGGGAACCGAGCGCUGGCCAGAGCCGGAGUGGGCUCGAGCCGCACACCGUUUUUGUCAUCCUGGACUCGGCUGAAAGUCUGAACGUGAUUCGAGUGGAGUCUGGCAUCGUCGCCGACAUCGAGGUGGACGCCCUGCUGCCGUCAGAUUGCGACACCUUCUACGAGAUCAAGAGUCAGCCCAUCCGCAGCAGUGCUUCUGCGUGCGACUCCUCUUCCUCCUCCUUGUCGUCGUCUUCCUCCGUGCCGGUGACCAUGUCCUCCAGGGUCCUGCUGCGUCAGGAUCUGAUGCGUCAGCAGGCUCUGGAGGAGGAGCAGAAGGAGGCGCAGCAACAGCUCCUGCGUCUGCCCGCCGCCUCGUCGUCCUCCCCCGUCUGCGUCAGCGCGUCCCCCUGCGGACCUCCCGCUCAGGUCCCUGUAGAGGUGUUGAAGGUGCAAACCCACCUGGAAAACCCAACCAGGUACCACAUCCAGCAGGCUCAGAAGCAGCAGGUCCGACAGUACCUCUCUUCCGCCGUGAGACCUGCCGGUCGUGACGCUUCUGGACCGUCAUCGGGUUCCUCCCCCAGCAGGCAGCGUGCGCUCAGUAGCCCCAAAGUGGAGAUGGAGGAGACGGUCAUUGAUGACAUCAUCAGCCUGGAGUCCAGCCUAAAUGACGACUUCCUGACGCUGCUCGACUCGCGGAAUCAGCUCGCCACCACGCUGCCGGCGGCAGCGGGAAACAUGCUGGAUGUCUACGGGGAGAGCGGGGACAAGGCCACGCCCGCCAUUGCCGUUAGCAACAGCUGCCCGGCCGACCUGCUCACCGUCAAACGAGAGCUGAAUAAUGUGGAGACGAAGACGCUGAUGAAGGAGCGACAGAAGAAGGACAAUCACAACUUGAUCGAGAGGCGACGACGCUUCAACAUCAACGACCGCAUCAAAGAACUCGGUGCGCUCGUCCCCAAGACGCCCGACCCGGACGCCAGGUGGAACAAAGGAAGCAUCCUGAAGGCGUCGGUGGAUUACAUCCGAAGACUUCAGAAGGAACAACAACGAGCUCGUGACAUGGAAGAAAGACACAAAAGACUGGAACACACCAACAGAACCCUGAUGCUGCGCAUACAGGAGUUGGAGCUUCAGGCAAGCCUCCACGGCGUUCCUUAUUCUUGUGUUGACGGCGCCCCGACCGACCCGCGGGUCUUCCUCUCUCCGCCGACGACGGCGUCGGACUCGCUCGGCUUGGCGGAGCUGAACGAGCUUCACUGCGGGGCCGACGACGACUUCUCUUCGGAACUGAUGAACGAAGCGGGGCUGGCGGCGCUGGACCACUUUGGAGACAUCCUGAUGGACGAUGGCGGCCUGAUGUCGCCCGCGGGCGGCGCCGACCCCCUGUUGUCAUGUGGGGCGUCACGUUGCAGCAGCAGAGGGAGUAGCAUGGAUGACGACCUCUGAUCAACCAAUCAACAAUAACCGCUGCCAUCCCCUCUGUCACUAUAGUAACCAGGCCACAGCACCCCUGUCACCAUGGUAACCUCCCUAUUCCCAUGACAUUGUAACCAUGCCAUUGUCUGUCGCCAAGGUGACCACACCUCUCUCUCCAUGGUAACCACGUCAUCACCCCUCUGUCACCAUGGUAACCAAACCAACACACACACACACACACACACACACUUCUCUGUCACCAUGAUAUCCACGACAGGCCCAUCUUUUGCUAGGGUAAACACAACAUUCCCUCUGUGGCCAUGGUAACCACACCCUUCCCCUUUGUCACUAUAGUGGCUAUGCCAUUCCUCGCUGUCACCAUGGUAACCUUUUGAUUAGAGUUGGGCAUCGAGAAUCAAGAACCGAUUGGAACUGUGACUAAAGUUCCGGAUCUCACGGAAUCGUUCAAAUUAAAAAAUUUUGAUUGCCGGUUUCGAUGCCUAGUCCGCCAACCGCGAAGAAGAUUGUGGCGAAAACCAAUGAAGAAGAAGGCGUCCAAAGAGGUGCUCGUGCCCAACUGCGGCGAACGAAAGUGUGUCUUAUAUUUGUUACAAUUAAUGGCCAGUCGCCUCAGUGCAACACUUGGAAUAAGAUUAUAUUGUGCAAAGGAGGCUUUCACGGCGUGUCACGUCUGACGCGCUCCGAGCCUCGGCCCGCACUGCGUGGAGCUUCAGUGAAAUCAAGUCUUCGUCAGUUGGGUGAGCGAAACAAUAAAAUAGGUCUAUGCCAACAUUGAGACAGCGAACAAGGUAAACGGCUGCUUGCACUUUUGGACUGAUGUUUUUUUUAGCGUUUAUUUUAGUCUUCAAACCAACGUAAGAGCCGAUGACAAAAAAAAAAAAAAACUUAAAUUGGGCUAAAACUUCACCGUAGCAACUUUACAUCACAAUGAAUUGGGAGAAAAUUCUCACAGUAUCACAAACACUAACCUUGUGCCUCAUCGGUGGGUAUGGAAAGGAAUCAACGUUUUAUAGCGUUUGGUUCCAUCCAUUAAAAAAAUGCUGAGUUCCAGUGCGUACCUUUCAAAAUAAAAGGCUACAAGCUUAAAACAGGAAGUCGAGUUGAAAAAAAAAGAAGCAGCAGCAGAAUCACCUUUACUGUCAAAUGCAUGCACAUAAAAAUUGUUCUCUGCAUUUUACCCAUCACAGUGAACACAAACACUUGUUAGUGGAACACACUGGAGCGCAGUUCAGAGUAUCAGUGUCUUGCUCAAGGACACCACAGCUGUGAGUCCGGGGGAUGUUGGCGGAUGGUCCGGUCGGGGUCUUGAACCUAGGUCCCCCACGGUGGCAGGCGAUGAUCUUAACCAUUGGUCCACGGCUGCCAAAAUUUGCACUUAUAAGCCAUUUGAUGUGAUAAAACAGUCCCAAAUAACUAUAUUAAGUCAAUUGGGUUAGUUCCACACACAUUGCCUUUUAGUCCAUAGGUUUGAUAUUGAUACUGGUUAUAAAGAACCCUGAGUCAAAUGUUCCUUUUAUUUUAUGCUGCAAGCUGCUAAGAAAAUGGAUGUUCAUAAUUUGGACACCCUUUAAACCAUGCAAACUUUUCUGACCCAAACCCCUAAAAGAAUUGUAAUCGUGAAUCGUUCUGAAUCGAAAUAAGGAACCGGAAUCACUCAAAUUCAAAUGAUCCCCAACCCUUUAUGUAAUCACCCCUCUAUACAUUUCAAACGAUGAAUAUUAUCCUUCAUAGCUACAGCUUCUGUAGCUACAUUAGCAACAAAAUACUAUGCUAUCCAGCUACGCUACCAUUGUUGUUUUUGUUAGCUUGGGUUUUAGCAGAACUUGGGCGUCAGUGUGAAAAUUGAAAAAUGUUUUUAUAAUAUAUAUAUAAUUGGAUGUAUAAUUUUUGAACAAUAAUUUUCUAAUUGGUGGACUUCCACGGCCAGCGCAUGAGUGUGAAUGUUGUACGUGUGUCAGUUGUCUGAUUGACAGGCACUCAGUCCAAGACGAAGGUAGCCAAUCGGAGCCAUCCGUCACUUGCAAGCUGUGUCCUGACUGGUUGUGAGAAUGGAACUCCAAAUAAAUAGUCCUUGUGUCAUUUCAGUUGAUUUGUUUUUUUUUUCUUUGACAUUCUGUUGCUGGUACAAACUUUUUGGGGACCAAACGCCCAUGUCUGUUGUCCCAUUUGUGGUUACACUGCUCGUUAUGAGUUAGCUGCCUGACGGAAACGCGUGUUAGCUUGUGCUAAUGCUAGCUAGCUAGUUGCUAACAAACAUGUCCGUUAGCGCUGUCAGAACCUUUCACAAAUAUUGUUUGUUUUAUUUUUUUUAUCAUGAAAAUAACGUGGUUACUUUUGCAACAGACGCUUUGCUGUCAGAAUCACAAAGGGAGUCGUGUUUAUUGUUGUUUACAACCAUGUAACAUUGUAUCAUAUCUAUACAUAGAAACUUUAUAUGGAAAUAAAGUGAGAAAACACAAAAUGUCUUGUUUGAAUGACCGGUUUCAUCAUAAAACGUGUGAAUAGACAUAUAUUUUCUGUAAUAUUAGCAAAGAAAUAAAUAAGACAUUUAUGCCUCCCUUUUAGUCCCUUGCA